AUGUUCAAUGCCACUCAACAUGUUGGAUCAGUUACUAUCUCCACGCAUGAGCGGAGCCUGGAGCUUCUCAGUGAUGGCGUGUUAGGUUCCAGCGUGACGAAUUGGUCAUUGGUUUAUCUCUGCUUCCUCGCUAGUUUCGUCCUCUGCCCGUUAUAUCUUCCGGCCGCUAUGCUGGAAUGUCCUCACAGUCGGCCAUACAGACGCCGCUCUUCCAGCAGUUCUGUACACAUUCGCGACUUUUCUACAGAGCGUGGGCGCCUACAAUCUCGACCUCCUGCCGUACCAGUGGCGCAGUCACUGAGAAAUUCUGAGCUUGCUAUCAAUCCUGAGCUGAAAUUGCUCCUCUCCGCCAAACGCACGAUCAUUGCGACAUGCGCAGUAGUAGCAUGUUUUAUACUGAUCGGUUUUAACCGGCUACACCUCAUACCUGCCGCGAGCAAGUUUUCGUCAGAAGAAGCAUGGGGCGGGCUAAAGCCGUAUUGGACCACCGAACAGGAGGAGACCCGGUUUGCCUACGUUCAAUAUGCGACGAAUUUCGACUACUUGUGCAAUGCGCCCGGCACAAGUCGCGAGCAGAUCGCCCUGACUCGAAUCCGCCAACAAUACCCGCACGUCAAACUGCGACCAGUCUGGGUGCUCUCAACGUCAAACGGCGACCCUACCUGGCAUAAGAGUCUAACUAAGUUUUACGCCUUCGACCUGACCGAGUGUAUCCGCGUCCUGGUCCUCGACUCCGACUCUAUGGUGCUGAACAAUAUGGACCACUACUUCCUCUCCUCUCGCCCCCGUGGCCAGCCGAAUAAGAAUACCUUUGAGCGCAUCAUCGAGGAAGCGAGGUCCUCGGACGCGUUUGACAUGGAGGUGCUGAAUCGCCUGCGAGUUUCGCACCAAGGACCACCUCCAGUACCUUUCAGAGGCCAAGAUGCAGAGUGGAAUGCUACGGUGGAAGUUUCACGGGCGUAUCUGGUUCAUUUCAGUGACUGGCCGCUGCCGAAGCCGUGGCUGCCUCAUUCUCAGUCGCAAUGGGAGGCGGCGCUGCCGGAAUUUCGCGAUGGUGAAGAAUAUGCCGAGACGCCUGAUAGGCCAAGAUGUGCAGAGCGGUUUACGUGGACUGGUUUUAUGAGGAUUAUUAUCAUGACCAGAAGAAGUUGGGAAUUCAAGGAAUGCACUGUCAUAACCUGGCCCUGA